AUGGGUUUCCUUCGAUCGAUUAAAAUAUCCGGAAUCCGUUCAAUCGGGCCUGGAGAAGAAAACGAGGUCGAGAUCCGAUUCCAGCGUCCGUUCACGCUCAUUUCCGGGCAAAAUGGAGCUGGAAAAACGACCGUCAUCGAAUGUCUCAAAUACGCCACGUCCGGUGCAUUUCCUCCUGGAACCACCAAAGCAAAGGGCUGGAUUCACUUUCCAAAAGGACGAAACGAGGAAGCAGAAACUACGAAAACUGGGAGAAAACGAAAAGCAGCGAAUGUCACGAAAGUGCCUGCGCGAGUCCAUUUGGAGCUCGAAGUCCCGGCCGAGAAUGGAGACAUCAACGUCAUCUCCGUCAGCCGAAAGCUCGAGGGAACGCUCAAGGAUGGAGACAUGACGACCAAGACUCUUGAAGGUACGAUCAACAUCAAGGACAAGAGAACUGGAGCGCCGAUUGAAAACAGGAAAGGGCUGGAAAUUCUGGGUUGCGCAACCUGUCCUGUAUUAUAA